AGUUGUCCCUACAUGUUCGUUGAAAAUAAAUUAGGAACAUUUCUAGUUAUUCAAUAAUCCGUCUGUCACUGUUUCGAUGUUUCGAACCUAUAAUAAUCUAAAUAACCUAUCCUAUCCUUAAGAAACGUCUCCUCUUAUCUAUCCGUCACCAUUUGUUAACUGAAGCAGAUAGUGACAGUCAUGUGACAGAGAAAUAAUAAAUUCAUUAAAUGAUAUAUAAUCGGUUUAAAUAAAUGCAUUCUGUAUCAUAAAAUGUAAUGAACAAUACCUGGUGAAGCUAUCGAAAUGUUUACGAUGUGAAAGGGCAUUGCAGGACUGUAAACUAAACUGUGUACAUACCGCAUGCACUAUGUACAGUGGAAAAGUUCCCGCGAAAAACUUUAUUUUCCAAACAACUUGACUCGAAAAAAAGUGUUUGUCUACAAUUGUGCUGCACAAGAUGGUCUUCCCACGAAACAAGUCAGGUUCGUCGCAAGAGAGAUUCUUGUCGCAACCGAGCGGUAGCAGACGCAAAAGGGACAUAAACUAUGAACUUGAGAGUCUAUCGCAACCUGUUCCAAGUACAAGCACAAGAAGAUCAUCCCCGAUUCGUAUGGUUUCGGAUGAAGAUGGUAGACUUACCAAUAACCUGAUAAAAUAUAUGCUCGUAUUAGAUAGAAAAAAACAGGUUAUUAACAAGGCACGAAUAGUAAAGAAUGUGCUCGGAGGACAGGGGAAAGAAUUUACUCAUGUGAUAAGUAAAGCCAAGUACCUGCUAUCGAAGGUCUUCGGAUACAAUCUAGUGGAAUUAGAAAGUAACAAAUAUAUAUUAGUAAACGAAUUGGAGAACAGUUUGCCUCAUAUUCGUCGCCAAGGAGCCGAUGCAAGCCAACAAGUAUUAUUGUUCCUAGUCCUUACCCAUGUGUUUAUGAACGAUGACUACUGUACACAAGAGUCUCUACUGAAUUUUCUACAACAUCUGGGUAUCACAUCAGAAAGCGAUGAGGAACAUAGCUAUUUUGGUUACGUAAAACAUACUGUAACAGAGGUAUUCGUCGCCCAAAAAUAUCUUGACAAAGUAGAGGAAACAAAUGAAAAGGUGGUUGUACAAUAUAAAUGGGGACCACGCGCAGAACACGAAUUUUCUCGUCGUGCAGCCUUGGAAUUCGUAUCUGAGAUAUACAAGGGCCGUCCGCUAGAUAGUUGGCCAUUGCAAUUUAAGGCAAUGUCAGCACGAGAAAAAAGUAUCGCUCGAAUUAAGCGUAUCGGAGAUGAAUGAUCGCAUCUCGUUAUGCCGCGGAAAACAAAAGUAAAACAAAAGCAGAGAAAUAUACUAUUGUUGUUUACCGAACGGAACGUUUUUCCUUUUCUCUAAAACGACCCUGAAAGCAGCCGUAAAACUGCGGAUCGAGAUUAAAGUUCGUGCGCGGUCUUCGAGUUCAACAUUGGGGUCAGAGGAAUCUGAAACGUGUCCUAUUGGCCUAGUUCUAACCGAAUCUAAUUGGAUUCAUAUUUUCUUCCGGCGUUACGUCGUACAAUUCGACGAUCCGUGUAAAGCGUAUAGCAACAAGAAAAGAACGAUACAAUAAAAGAGGAUAAUGACGUGAAA